CCUGAAGCUGGGAUGGCAGCUGGAGGGUGCCGGGAGCAUGAAGUGGACCUCCUCAGGGAAAAGUCCUCCAUCUGCAGAAGCUUUCCGUGCCUAGAGCGCUCCAGCAAACAUGGUGAACGUUCCUAAAACUCGCCGGACUUUCUGUAAGAAGUGUGGCAAGCACCAACCCCACACAGUAACCCAGUACAAGAAAGGCAAGGAUUCUCUGUAUGCCCAGGGAAAGCGGCGUUAUGACAGGAAGCAGAGUGACUAUGGUGGGCAGACUAAGCCGAUUUUCCGGAAAAAGGCUAAAACUACAAAGAAGAGUGUGCUGAGGUUUGAGUGCAUUGAGCCUAACGACAGAUGUAAGAGAAUGCUGGCUGUUGAGAGAUGCAAGCAUUUUGAACCGCGAGGAGAUAAGAGAAAGGGCCAAAUGAUCCAGUUCUAAGCUUCAUCAUUUGUUUUAUUGUGAAAACAAUAAAAUCUUGAGGUUAUGUUCACUUCAUUUGGUUACAGUUGGUCUUUUGGGAGGGAAUAAACAAGUGCCAUCAAUAAAAUUUCCCUUGUGGGGGCAAAAGAAAAAAAUUCCUGCUCCCCAGGUCCCCUCUCCAGAGGCAACUACCGUUGUUCGCCCCGUGUUCCUGUUGUAGACAGUGCGGGUUGCCCGUACACGUUCACCCCCCAUCUACCGGCAUUGCUCUGCGCCUCCUUUUCUCGCUCCUUACAAUCCAUCUAGGAGCUCCUUCCCUGUCACCGCAAGUGGACGCGUCAAUCUCUCUUUAGGCAGUACCCGGCCCUCCAGGCUGGCCUGAGUGUGACAGUCCCGACCAGUCACCCUCUGUCCCAAAGCUCGAAAGGCUUCGCAGCACUUGAAAUGAAACCCCUCGCUCUCUUCUUAGCCCCACUGCCUCGGGCCGGGCGCCCCCUCGCAGCCUCCCGCAAGACUGUUUUCACGUCACCUCUUUCGGGCGAUCUGCCGCCACAUUCUCUCUACCACAGCACCUGCCCCAGUCCCCCACGGCCCUCGACAAUACUUGGGACUGACGCCCUCCACCAGACGGAGGAGCGCAGCGGGCCAGGCCGAGGGGUCAGCUUCGCCCGGCAGCAGAAAACGCGUCUGCACCGCCCCUCUCCGCUUAGUGGAGGAAGAUUACUCUUCCCAGAAACCCUUUCGCCUGCGGGGGUAGAUUUCCCCUCCACGCCCUCGCGCGAAGAAAACUGAGCAUGCGCAACGGAAACUGGGCCCCCGUGAGAAAGGCUGCGCAGGCGAGGACUGCAUCUCCCAGCAGGCCGUGGGGCUUUUUUUUCUUGUCCCCUCGUGACGAGCGACUUCCGGCAC